AUGUCGACUCUGCGAAUCAUCUACGCCCUCGCGCGGAGACAAGAUGACCCAGCAGCUGGCGAUAUAGCCGUUCCCACAAUACCUGUUCUCACCAAUGACCCUGCUCCGACUGUGGUCGCUUCCAUAUGGGUCAUGAUGGCCUUUGCAACCAUCUUUCUGCUCCUCCGCAUCUACUGCAAAGCCGUCCGCACACGGGGCAUGUGGUGGGAUGACUACAUCAUGCUCUUCGCCUGGUUCUUUCUCAUGGCCGCCACGGCCGUCCUCACCGAGCUCAUGCGAAUGGGCUUCGGCCUGACCCUCGGCUUCGUCCCACGCAUGCACACCCUUUCCACGACCGCCGACGUCCUCAACAAGGUCGCUCUCGGCCUCAGCAAGACCUCUUUUGCCCUGACCUUGCUGCGUGUGGCACAGGGGUGGCAGAAGUGGUUCAUCUGGUUCAUGGUCGUGACGAUGAACGGUGUGCUUGCGACCAACGCCGUGACGACGUGGAGGGCAGCCUGUGAUCGCGAGGGGCAAGAUAAGUAUGAAGCUGUGCUGCCAGGAUCAUGCUGGAGUGUUGUCGACGCUGUCAUCAUCGCCAUGGUGGCGAACAGCUACUCUGCUCUGGUUGACUUUGCUCUUGCUCUUCUUCCGUGGAAAAUUGUGUGGAAAUUGCAGAUGAAGAAGUACGAAAAAAUCGGUGUCGCCAUUGCCAUGAGUCUCGGCCUUGUAGCAGGCAUUGUCGGCGUCAUCAAAGUAGUGUCAGCUAUGAGCAUCACUGCCGGCCCGGACAUUCCCUAUCGCCUUUCGAUGCUUUUCAUCUGGGGCCAAGCCGAACCAAACGUCACCAUUGUCGCGACAACAAUUCCCGUUCUUCGCGUCCUCUUCCGCGACAUACAUCGCUCAAAAUACCCCGCGGCGGCUGGCGUCUCUGGACAAGGCGGCGGGGGCAGCGGUGGCGGCUACCUGCGGUCGAACGGCGCGUCACGGUUCCCCGCCUCCGCGUUGCGGGGCGCCACACUUGUGGGCGAAGGGUCCAAGGGGCGCGAGGAUGACGAGGACAGCGAGGGCAGCAUACUCAGGUCCAAGGGCGGGAUUGUGCGGACGGCGGAGGUGACGGUGGAUUCCAGUUCAAGGGCCCGUGAGCAGAGAUGGGAUGUGGAGGAAGUUUUUGAGAUGGUGGGACCGUCCGCGGGCCGUGGCCAGUGUUGGAGGUAG